UUCAGUUUGAGGACAGAACACAACUUUAGUUUGAGAUCUAAGGACUUGCACUGUCUCCAAAUCUGCAGGAAGGACUUUUUGAUUGGCUCAAUAUAAAUACCUUCUCCAUUCUCGCCUCCCUUCAACAACAUCUUCUUUCACACAACAACAAUUCACACAAUAUCUUGUUCGAGAUUUUUUCAUUUUAAAUUACGUAUCAAAUUCCGAGCAAGAUGACUAUUCUGGUUGAACAUUUCGUUCCUGAUUCGAGAGUCGAGGAAAAGAAACUGACAGAGGAGAGGAAUGAGGAAUUGGUGUUGGAUGGAGGCUUCGUGGUUCCACAAUCUAAGGAAACUAAUGGAUUUGAUGCUCCUGAUAUGAAUUUCCUGGGCCAUUCUUUCAGGGAUUAUGAGAAUGAUUUAAGCGAGAGACAACAAGGUGUUGAGGAAUUCUACAGGCUGCAACACAUUCACCAGACUUAUGACUUUGUGAAGAAGAUGAGAAAAGAGUAUGGGAAACUUGACAAGAUGGAAAUGAGUAUAUGGGAAUGUUGUGAGUUAUUGAACAAUGUUGUCGAUGAAAGCGAUCCGGAUCUUGAUGAGCCUCAAAUCCAACACCUUCUCCAAACUGCUGAAGCCAUUCGGAGGGACUAUCCUAACGAAGAUUGGCUCCAUCUCACUGCCUUGAUCCAUGAUCUUGGAAAGGUUCUUCUUCUGCCAGAAUUCGGUGGUCUUCCACAAUGGGCUGUCGUAGGCGAUACAUUUCCAGUUGGAUGCACCUUUGACUCGGCCAAUAUUCACCACAAGUAUUUCAAAGGAAAUAGUGAUAACAACAACCCAAAGUACAACACAAAAAAUGGAGUUUACAAUGAAGGAUGUGGAUUGGACAAUGUUCUCAUGUCAUGGGGUCAUGACGACUACAUGUAUUUGGUGGCUAAGGAGAAUGGCACGACUCUCCCCCACGCUGGUCUCUUCAUUAUCCGAUACCAUUCUUUUUAUCCAUUGCACAAGGCCGGAGCCUACACACACUUGAUGAACGAUGAAGACAGAGAUGAUGAUCUCAAGUGGCUCCAUGUCUUCAAUAAAUAUGACCUAUACAGUAAGAGCAAAGUUCAAGUAGAUGUCGAACAAGUGAAGCCUUACUACGUUUCCCUCAUCAACAAGUACUUUCCGGCCAAACUAAAAUGGUGAGAUAUAAAAAGCGGAGAGUCCAUUAAUUGCCUUUUACGUGGAGAACGAGAUCGAAGGUUAACGAGUUUCUAUUGAAUACAACGGAAGAUAAUCUAUCUAAUAAAAAAGUUGAGGUGUUCAUUUGUAAUUUUCUUUUCCCAUCAAAAUCUUAAAUUAUGUUGUAUGGAAUAAGCAUUCUAAUAAUAAUUGCAAUAGGACUCGCGGUAUACCGCGGGGAAAAAUUAUGUACAACUAAAAUAUUUAAAUAUAAGUUGUAUUUGUUGGUUAAA